AUGGCUCCCAUAUCUAAGGAAACCGACUUGCUCGUCAUUGGCGGCGGUAGCGGAGGUCUUGGAGCUGCGCGCAUGGCCAGCGCUAAAUUUGGUGCAAAAGCCAUGAUCGUUGAAGCUAUGCGCCUUGGUGGUACUUGUGUCAAUGUUGGCUGUGUACCGAAAAAAGUUACGUUUAACGCCGCCGCUCUAGCCGAAGCUAUCCACGAUUCCAAGGCCUACGGUUUCUCCGUCCAGGAGACGAAGCCUUUCGACUUCACCACCUUCAAACACAAGCGAGAUGCAUACAUUAAGCGAUUAAAUGGCAUCUACGAGCGAAACCUUGCCAAUGACAAAGUCGAAUAUGUACAUGGAUGGGCAAAACUAUUAAAUAGAAAUGAGGUCGAGAUCACACUGGACGAUGGCUCCAAAGCCACCGUACGCGCGAAGAAGAUCCUCAUCGCCGUCGGUGGCGAGCCUGUAAAGCCGUCAGGCAUUCCCGGUGCCGAAUACGGCACCGAUAGCGACGGUUUCUUCGACAUCGACACCCUACCCAAGAAGGUCGCCUUAGUCGGAGCCGGAUACAUCGCCGUGGAAUUCGCCGGUAUGUUCAACGCACUGGGCACCGAGACACACCUCUUCAUCCGCCACAAGACCUUCCUCCGCGCCUUCGACCCCAUGAUCCAAGAAGGCAUUACGAACGAGUACGAACGUCUAGGUGUGCACGUGCACAAGGAAUCCUCCCAAUCCAAAGUCGAAAAAGACGACAGCACGGGCAAACUCACAAUCCACUAUAAAGACUCAAACGGCGAGGGCAAGCUCGACGGCGUAGACCACCUAAUCUGGGCCAUCGGUCGAUCCCCCAUGACCAAGAACAUCGGGUUAGAAGAAGCAGGCGUAAAGCUAGACUCCAAGGGCUACAUCGUAACCGACGAGUACCAAAACUCAUCCGUAGACAACAUCUACGCCCUCGGCGACGUAUCAGGCCGCGUGGAACUAACCCCCGUCGCCAUCGCCGCCGGUAGGCGGUUAGCCGAGCGUCUCUACGGUGGUAAGCAAUUCAGCACAACGCGCAUCGACUAUAGCAACGUCCCUUCCGUCGUAUUCGCGCACCCCGAAGUCGGCAGUAUCGGGUUAACCGAGCCGGAAGCCGUUGAAAAAUACGGUGCCGAGAACCUAAAAAUCUACAAGACCAGUUUCACGGCCAUGUACUACGCGAUGAUGGAGCCCGAGGACAAGGCCCCGACCAAGUACAAGGUAAUCUGCGCUGGUCCGGAAGAAAAGGUCGUUGGUCUGCACAUCAUGGGCUUGGGUUCCGGUGAGAUGUUACAGGGUUUCGGUGUUGCGAUUAAGAUGGGUGCGACGAAGAAGGAUUUAGACUCGUGUAUUGCGAUUCACCCCACGAGCGCGGAGGAAUUGGUUACGUUGAAGUAG